UAAACCACUUUGCACUUCAGAAUGGGCGGUUUUCCAGCCCUGCUGCUCUUGCUGGCACUACCAGGAUCAUGCAUGCCAGGAGAGGACACACACGUGUUUCUGCAAGUAAAGGGAGACUCCUUCAGAGCUAACUGUUCAUAUGAUGUGCACAAGCAUUUACGUGAGAAGAAAUUCUGGUGCAAGGAGCUAUCAGAAAGAUAUUGUCCAGUCUUACCCUUGAGUUUCCCUUCAGAAGAAGGGAUUAAUCCUAACCAUGCAUGGCAUCGUCCUGUUCAGCUGGAAGACUUUGGAGGCGGCCAGUUCUCUGUUAACAUGGCAGCACUUCGAAGAGAGGAUUCUGGCACAUACCAGUGUGGAGUCUGGGUAGAUCUGAAGCAAGUUUUGCUGCAAAGAAUACAAAUGAUGGUUUCACCUAAGGAACCUGUAACAAUAUUUGCAAAAACAGGGAAAUCCCUGUUCCUUCAUUGCUCCUGUUCUGUGACAGCCAAUGUUGGGAAGCUUCAGCAUUUUAUGUGGUGCAAAAUGGUGUCCCGAGCUAGAUGUCAACCUAUUAUCAGAGCUAACGCUGAUCGAAGUAUCAUUAAAGUAGGAAGGACUGAAAUGAUGAAUGACUUCUCAAGGAAAAUGAUUAGAGUGUGGCUGAAAAAUCUCCAACUUAAUGACUCAGGCGAAUACCAUCUUGAGAGCCAUUUCCAGGGGAGAAACAAACUACUGAAGAGGAUCAUGCUGAAAGUUUUGGGGGAAAACUGGAAACUGGAUGCCAGCCCCACAGAUGCCAGCAAAAAGGACCAGAGGACUCUUUAUGCUGUCAUGGUGCUGAGUUCCUUCCUGGCUACAACUGCCCUUAUUGCUACUGUUACACUCCUUGUCACCAGCUACAUCAGAAGGAAAAGGGCAGGAAAAGGGAUGGACUUUAGCAGACAUCCUGAUUUCAGAAAAGGAGUGCUGCAGGAUGGACGAAAAAAAGCAAGUAGAACUUCAGAUGGGGAUAAGAAUGACUGCACAACAUAUGCUGUCUUAAGGCACCAACCUCAACCAAAGCCUGAAGAUGUUACAUAUGUCAACGUACAGCCUUCACCAAAAGUUCUCUUCCACCUUGAAGAACCACCAGGGAACUCGGUUUUCUCAGGCCCUGUAGAAUAUGCUACUGUUUUCUUCAGAGCCACAGCUCCACGUUCUGGAAUUGAAAAAGAGAAAAAACAGGUCCACCUAAACGAAGCAGCACAAAGCCUUGGGUUUAUUCAUAGAAUUUUGCCGAACUGGGCUUAG